AUGAAUCGAUAAUAAGAACAAAUUAUUUCUCAGGAAAUGGAAAAAGAAGUUAAGUUAUUGAUUAAUUCUUUAGUUUACAAAUGAAGUUAUGAGAAUUUGCGUUUUUAAUUGUGCUUGCUAAUUUUACAUGUUAAUCUUUAGUUGUAAAUUAAUAUGGCUAUUUGAUUCUAAAUACAUAAUAAUAUUUGCUUGGUUCAUGGAUUUGAUCACCUUCGUUAUAGUAAUGCUUGAUAGGAACAUAGGGAAAGUGUUGUCUGUGGUUCAUUUUUUGGAGAAAGUGCUGACCAUAUCGUUUAAGGUAAAAUCAUGUUUUUAAAGAUUAUAUUAGAUUACUAUAGUUAUUCACUUUGAAGUCAAGGAAAUUAAACUCUACUAUAUUCCAGCAGUUCAAUUAUUCAUCACCAUUGGAUUAUUUCUUUUUUAGGUACUCCAUCACGAUUAAUCCAAACGAAAACAUAUAAUAGUAAGAUGCUGUUCAUUAUUAGAUCGCUCAUUCGUAUUCAGUUCUCUAUGUGAUCUAACUCCUUCUAUUAACCUUAAAAUGGAACAACCUAUUCGGAUACACCUAUUAUUAAACAUUCAUAAUAGCCUGGACAGCACUUGGAAUCAACACCUUCUUGAUUAUAUUACUAUUGAUAACCAUGGUUGAGAAUUGCUUCCUCAGACACUUGCCACAAAUAAAUGGUAACAAAUAUUAUUAUUAAGGAACUAUAAUAUUUUGGUUUGUGUUUUACAUAUUUGGAUUAACCAUAAUUCCAUUCUUUCUAUUAAAAACUAUUUGUGAAUAUUAUGAAAAUGACACUCUCUACACUAAUAUCCAAUUGUCAUCGAUUGCUGUAUUAGUCUGUAUUUUGAUAUAUCUCUUUUUGUUUAUUUUCUUCACUCUAAAAAUUAGGAAGCAACUGAUGUACUAAAUUUCUACUAUUUUAGUGUUGUUUUGCAAUUGGAUCAUCGAUAAGCUGUCACUCCAAAACGACCAUUAUAAGAAACGACAUAGAAAAAAUGGAGAAAAUUAAAAAUUCCUAUAAUGUUCGUCAGAAUUUCAGCAUCCUAUUAUAAAAUGCUUACUAGAUAAUCAACAACCGAUACUAACACUCGCAAUACUAGUUCUAUCCCUAUAUGCAGUGAUGUAUUGCGACCUGAUUCACUUAACUUUCGUUAAUCGCCAUGUCAAACAAUGAUGAAACAAAUGAAAUCUAUACCUAAAGAUUAGGAUUCUGGAGACUUUUGUUUGAUUUGCUUUGAGAAUGAACCUGACGUAGUAUUACAUCCUUGUAAUCAUGGAGGUAUUUGUAACAAUUGCUCAGAAAACAUGAUUAAAACUACCAAAUAAUGUUUUCUAUGCAGAUCAGAAAUUAGAUAUGCAUUGAAAAUUAAUCAAAAGGACGGCGAGAUGCUAGAAGCUACUGAUGUAUAAAAAGUUUGA